GCUCUGAACACUCAGUACAGGGACACAACAGAAGCAGUGCAAACAAACAGCUGCCAACACAACGCAAAGCGAGCCCAGAAAUCCCGCAGUGACUGAAACACGAGGAGUCUUGUGUUACAGUAAGAUUUCUCGAAGUAGUUUGUGCUGUUUACAGUAAGAAACCAAGACAAGUGCUUUGACUGCAGCGCUGACUGACUCGCUCUCAUCGAGGAAGCGCAAACCUUCACGUGCGCUCAGUGUCAUCCAUGGAUUCGGAAGAUGAACCCUUGUUGCUCCAAGGUACCUGGAACCUAAGUGAGUUUGAGGAGCAAGAGGAGGAGGAAGAGGAAGAGGAAAGAGAUGGAGAAACAGAACUAGUAAAUGGAGAGGAACAGGUCUGUAAAGGGUUUUGGUGGGCUUUGGGCUGGGUGUACACACAACCCUGGGCGAGCGGGCUGGUUCUGGCCGUGGGAUUUCUGGUACCCUUUGCCCUCUCUGCUUAUAUGUUCCUUCACUGUGAACCACUAGACAUCGACCUUUCUUACAGCGCAUUCGAGGUCAGGAGUCAUGCAUCAGCAGAACAUUUUGACGCUCUUACCAUUGCACUGAAAAGCCAGUUAGGGUCUUGGGACAGGCACAGGCGGGACGCCGAGGGAUUUGACCUUGAAGCCAAUGCUCUGAGGGACCUUUUGUUGCUCAUGGUAAACCGAAAAGGGAAGGAUUACUCUACACAGAUGAAUGUGACAGAAUCCGCAGAGAUCUUGGGACAGACUGAGAUGGAGGCACACAAUGACACCAGACAGUUUGGAAAUGAGAAAAACAACAAGAUGGAAGAGGAAAAGACAGACUCUGUCAAGCCAAACAUAGCAGUAAAGCUCAAUUCAAGUGAUACCGAAGAUCACAGGAAACCAGACUCACUCUUAACGAGGAAGCGAAGAUUUGCUGGUUACUCCUACCUCCAGACCCAGGCCCUCUGGAGGAUCGAGCUAGUGUUUGUGGCCCAGGGCGACAAGGAUAAUAACAUCUUCACCCCCGAACGCCUUCACACCAUACACCAUGUAGAGAGACUUCUAAUGCAGCACCCUCAGUUUCAGCAGUUCUGUUGGAAGCCAUUGGAGGCAUUGCGAGACUUGCCACUGGGACCUUCCUUCUGCUCCCCUCCAAGCUCCCUUCUGUCCUACCUCUUUCCCAGUGAGCGAAGGGGGAAGAUCUACUAUGAUGGAAUGGGUCCCGAUCUAGCUGACAUACAUGGGGCCCUGAGCCUGGCGAUCACUCAUCCGCAGUUUUACUGGUACGUGGAUGAGACACUCACACCAGACAAGCUUCAGUCCUCUCUUCUUCGCAGUGAGAUCCAUUUUGGAGCUCCUCUCCCCUCCUUCUACUCUCUCCAAGACAGACCUCUAGAACAGAGACAUCUCUACAGAGAUUUUGUGGUGCAGUAUGCGGACAUCCUGUCACAACAAUCCACCAGUAAAGUGAAGGUGUUGUACGGGGGUACGGAGUUAUUUGAUGAUGAGGUGCGGAAGACCUUCCACAGUGACAUGUUGCUGGCGUUGUUCAGUGGGGGAUGCAUUACUGUCCUUGUGUACGUUCUCACUUCAUUUUCUGUGUUUCAGACGUUCUUCGGCUUGGCCAGUAUUGGUCUGAGCUGUCUCGUGGCGCUCUUCUUGUAUCAUGUGGUGUUUGGAGUCAAAUAUCUGGGCAUUCUCAAUGGAGUGGCAGCUUUCGUCAUCAUAGGCAUUGGUGUGGAUGACGUGUUUGUGUUCAUCAGUACGUUCAGACAGUCAACCCACCUGACCUCUUCAAUGCAGCGUAUGAUUUACACAAUAAAGACAGCAGGCCGAGCCACGUUCCUCACGUCCUUCACAACAGCAGCUGCAUAUGCUGCAAACACCUUCUCACAGAUCCCAGCGGUUCAUGACUUCGGUCUGUUCAUGUCUCUCAUUGUGAGCUGCUGCUGGCUUUGGGUGUCCAUUCUCAUGCCUGCUGCCCUUUGCAUCUGGAGUCAGUGUGGAGCUGACCGUGCCAACACCUGUCCCAAAUGGUGGAGCACUCUAACUAAACUGUCCGCCAGUCCCAGUCCCCUCUCAGAUGAUGAUGAUGUUGCUCUAAUAACGGUAGAAAUGGAACCAGGUGAGUACCAGUCUGAAUCGGAUGCGGCGCUGCUGUCGCUCUCAGCCGAAGCUCCUUUGACGGUGUCCUCUGAGGGCAGUGUAGGGGUGGUCAGCGCGCACCUUCAGAGGCUUCUGAGACACUGGGUGGCAGAGCCAGUGGUGGAGAAACGGAAAACCAUUAUAGGUGUGUAUGCUCUGGUUCUGCUGGGCUCGGUGUGGUGCUGUUGUCUCCUGCGGCCGGCCAGUCACGCGCCUGUGCUCUUCCACAGAGACACCAACUUACAGAGACUGCUGGACCUGCGCAGCAACCUGAGCGCCCAGGGCAUCGCCUGCCAUAUGUGCUCGGGUGUUUUUAUGGAGCGACCUCAUAAUCUACACAGCACUGCUGACUCCACAAGCUCUACCUCAGGGAACCAUCCCACAAUCCCCUCAAACCAGACCGAGCCAGCAUCCAACAACAGCGCGCAGACACUCACAGGUGGUCUCCUUACUAUCUAUGUGUUUAAACUGGACAUGGGCUCUGUUGUCCCUGUAUACCGUUAUUCACUAAGUGCCAGCGUACCUGCACCGUGGCAGGCAUCAUCGUCUGCACACGGGGAUGUGCCCUUCUUUCAGGCCUACAGCAGUCCCCAUAGCAACUUCAGCACGCGGGUGAGCGUGUGUGUGUCUCACGCGUAUCACCCGCGCCCUCGCUGGAUGCUGACUCUGCACUCGUGUGACUCCGGCCGGCGCUGGAGAUCAGAGUUUGACUUCUACGUGGCGUCGGUGGAGCAGCGGCACAGCAGGCGACUCUAUUUUGCCCAGCACACGAUCAGCCCGUAUCCUAGUCGUGUGUGUGAGGGGCCGCCAGGGUGUGUGUUCAGCUCUGGACCUGAUGGACCCACUCAGGGCAGCUUCUACGCCCCGCUACCUGCAGCUCCCACCCAGAAUAAGAUCUCCAGGACAUCCGGCUUUAACCCCUGUCGUGGAGGUCAGUGUGGGAAACCAGCCGUGCGUCCUCUAGUGGACACUGGAGCCAUGGUGUUUGUGGUGUUCGGCAUACUGGGCAUCAACCGCACUCAGCGUUCAGACAACCAUGUUAUUGGAGACCUGGGUAGUGUGAUCUUUGAUCCAGACUUUGAUGUUUUUAAUGAGAUCGGGCACUUGUGCAAGCUGUGCAAAGCCAUCAGUGCCAAUACCAAGCUGGUGAAGCCUGGUGGAGCUCAGUGUUUGCCAUCAGGUAACAGCCUCACAUCCAUUCUGCCAUUGCUCCAUCCUGAGUGUCACUCUCUUCCUGAGCCCAACCUCUUGCCUGGCCAGCUAUCCCAUGGUGCAGUGGGCAUGCAGGGGGGUAGAGUGCACUGGAUCUCCAUGGCUUUUGAAUCCACCACCUACAAGGGAAAGUCUUCGUUUCAGACUCACUCUGAUUUCCUUCAAUGGGAGAGUUUCCUGCAGAAGCAGCUCAUGUCACUCCCAGCAUCCUCGGCCCUGAGACGAGGCUUUCAGACCUGCCAACACUGGAAACAGAUCUUCAUGGAAAUUAUAGGUGUGGAGAGCGCCCUCUACAGUCUCCUGCUGUCACUUGCCAUUUGCAUCGCAUCGGUAGCUGUGUUUACUGCUCAUCCGCUUCUGCUGCUGCCAAUUCUGCUGAGCAUUCUGGGUAUGGUGUGUCUGGUGGUGGCGGUGAUGUAUUGGCUGGGAUGGGAGAUGGGUGCAGUCGAAGCCAUCUCUCUCUCAAUACUGGUGGGCUCUUCGGUGGACUAUUGCCUUCAUCUAGUAGAGGGAUAUUUACUGGCAGGGGAGGCUGACAGCUCAGGACUGGCCAGUCACAGUUCGGAGUCCUCCAUCAAAAGGCAGACACGGACCCUCGAUGCAGCCAAUCACGUGGGCGUUGCUAUAGUUUCCAGUGCCGUCACUACGGUGAUUUCAACCAUUCCGCUCUUUUUUUGUGUCAUCAUGCCUUUCGCCAAGUUCGGUCAGAUUGUGGCCAUCAACACGGCCAUUUCCAUCGCCUUCACGCUCACCGUCACGACCGCACUGCUGGCCACGAUGGGUCCCGCCGACUUCACCCGUCCUCCCAGAGCCGUGCUCAAAGCCACUCUGGUGGUCCUGAUCGUGGGGGUCUGUGGAGGUCUGCUGUGGUGGACCGGGUCACAGUUCGCUCCGGACACACUGGUCUGAAUCACACAUCCUUCACCGACCAGGUGGAUUUCAAGUGAGCAACUGUGGUCAUUUGUACUGUUGAGAUGACAUAUGUGAACUCUUUGGGAAGUGAAGUAUUUGACACAUGUGGAACACUGUUAGAAAUUAGGAAACCCAGUCUGCAUGAAGGUAGCGAGUCCUGACAGACAUGGGAAAUGAUGUCAGACACAUUUAGGUGAAUAAGUGUCUGUGCUAGCAAGAAUCGCUGUCAGAGAGCCGACUAUUCCUCAUUGGUUUGUAUUUUAUUCACAACCUGGACUGAAGUUGGGGACACGAGUGAGCAUGUGUCUUAUUUUGGUUCAAGUGAGACAAGGCCCUGAAGUCUCAGAAAAGAAGAACAUGAAUUCUGUGAAUUCAUCUCGUCUGAGGCAGGACAACACCGAAGGAGAAAGAAAGUGUAAGAUGAAGCUACUUACUCGUCGCCCUUGAUGGUCAAGUUUGGUUGAAGUCAACAUGAAAUGACAUUCACAGUCCAGUUUACUUUAGCAAAUUCCGAGUGAAACAGGAUAUUAGGAACAAAAGUUUUAGCAAAGCCAAUCUCAUUAGAAAACAUAGCUAUUUUAAGAGGUGGCGAUUUUGUAAAAAUCAAUACAAUGUGAUUUUUAGAAAAAGAAAAAGAAAAAAAGGAAUGGAUAAAAAGGCAUGAUGGUUCACCCCAAAUAAGACCUUCUCUGAUAAGUAGAUUGUACAAAAAAAAAAAAAGACAAAGAAAAAAAGAUCUAAGAGCUAAUUCUCCAUUAUGAAUGAGAUCCAGUUUACCAAAAUGUACAAAAAUGUAUAUACUGUAUAUAUGUAUAUAUUAGGGCUGGUAAGCGAUUUACAAUUGCAAUGUUUUAUCUAAUUAAUUACAUGAUGUGAUGAUUAAUUAAUCUAAUUAAUCGCACAUCAAAUUUGGAGAAAUUACUCUGAAAACAUAAUUUAGCAUCAAACAGAGAUUACAAAAAGUAGGUUCAGCAAGAAAUAUUUUAUUUGAUAAAAUGUAUUACUCUUUUGGACCAUGUGAGUAAAUGAUGACAGAAUUGUCAUUUUUGGUUGGGUGAACUAUAACUUUAAUAAUUUAUUUUCUUAAUUUUAUUAUUAUUACUAUAAAAAUAUUCAAUUAUUUAUUUAAUGAAACGACACUCUAAAUUAACUAAAACUGCCAGUAGGUGGUGGUAAAUGUCUUAAUGAUUAAGUCAUUUAUUCAUUCGUUUGAUUCGUUCUUGGCUGAUUCAUUCAGGAGUGAAGUAAAUGGUUCUUUAUGAAUGGUUCAUUGAAUCAUUAAGGCUUGUUCAUGUGGUUUUUGUUCGGGUCAUCACCAUCAGACCGAUCGGUGUGUGACAUCAAAGAACUGCUUUAGAGAGCCGACGACUCCUUUUGCUUUUGAAAUGACUCUCGCGGUACUUUGAUGUCAUACACCAAUCGGUCUGUGCAGCGCCGCUUCAAAGCCAGCACGACUAUGGUCGAUGGUUCAACGCGCCAAAUGGUUCACCAAAUUAAUUCAAAAUGCUGCUGUGGGUUGAUCGGAGAUGAACAGUCUGCUUUGUCUUUAUCUUCUGGUUUGCAAAAAUGAGCAAAAUAGACAAUAUUGUGUCUAAAAUAACACAAUAUUUACUUCUUAAUGAGUUGAGUAUCACAUUUGCACUUAGCGUACUUCUCGUGUGAUAUUUCUUUACUAUGUGAUUUAAAUAUGAGAAUUUUUUUAAAAUAUUUUAGAGACAUUCUCUAGGCUCCAUCACGCAGUAAGUUGUUGCCGUGUCUCAUAUUACUCAUCAGUCGGCUGUAUUAAAUGGCAGAUGAUCCACAUCGGUCUGGGCCGGGGCAAGUGCGUUAAAUGCGUUAAUAAUUUUAAUGCGUUAUUUUUUCUCCAUAAUUAAUUCAUCUAAUUAACACGUUAAAUGACCCGCCCUAAUAUAUAUGUAGCUUAUUGCCAUAUCAUUUUAUCUAUCACGAUUUGAUAGGUUGGUAAAAACUCAGGUUCACCAUCCAGAUUAUUUUAAUGUGUCAGAUUGAACAAUUUUUAAAAACCUGUACAGUACAAGAACAAAACAAAACUAAUUAACAAAAUGUCUAUUGUUUAACAUUACCCAGUAGUUCACACAGCCUUGGUUACAGAUGAAAAAGUAAGAGACAGAAAUUAGUGUUAUCAAUUACAUAGUUUUACUUAAUAAAAUAAAGCUGAAAUAAAAAAAGGUAUUACAUAAUAAAACUUAAAAGGUUUCAUUGGCAACUCACUGAAAAUGUGAAAAAACUAAAAUUACAAAAAUAAAAAAAUAACUAGAAGUAAA